CCCCCUACCGUGAACGAAAAUAGGUUAGGUUAAAAAGGAAUAUUAAUAAUUCUAGGGUUUCAGUGAUAUCUGUGAGACCUAAGAGAGUGAGCGCGGUGGGCGAAGAUUAGAAGGGAGAGGAGAAAGAGCUUCGCCGUCUCGCUCGCAAUCAUGAUUAUUCCAGAGAAGAAUCGCAGAGAGAUCUCGAAGUACCUCUUUCAAGAGGGCGUUUGCUAUGCCAAGAAGGACUUCAAUCUCGCGAAGCACCCCGACAUUGAUGUUCCAAAUCUGCAGGUCAUUAAGUUGAUGCAGAGUUUUAAAUCGAAGGAGUAUGUCCGCGAGACCUUUGCGUGGAUGCACUACUAUUGGUAUCUCACCAACGAUGGUAUCGAAUUCCUCCGAACAUACCUCAAUCUCCCAUCAGAAAUCGUCCCAGCUACCUUGAAGAAAUCUGUUAAGGCCCCUGGUAGGCCAAUGGGUGGCCCUCCUGGUGAUCGCCCCCGUGGCCCUCCUCGCUUUGAGGGAGAUAGGCCUAGAUUUGGUGACCGUGAUGGGUACCGUGGAGGACCUCGAGGACCUCCAGGAGAGUUUGGCGACAAGGGUGGAGCUCCACCUGAAUACCAGCCAGCAUUUAGGGCCCCUGGUGGAAGACCUGGAUUUGGCCGUGGCGGCGGUGGUGCUGGUGCAGGUCCUGCUAGCUCAAGUAUGGCUUAAAAAGCAGAUGUUCUGCACGUCUUAAUUUUGGACUUCCUAGGCAACUUAAUCCUUUAGUUAGUUUGUCAGAGGCUUUUAUUUUUUGACAGGGUAUACUUGGUUGAUUGUCAAUUUUGUUGAUUAAGUUUUUGUGGAAAUGAAACUCAGCAUCCAUUGUUCGCCCAGUAAUUUUGUUGGAUGCUUUUUUGUUUAUUUUUUUGUUUUGGUAAGAAAUUCUGUUGGAUGCUUCA